AUGGGCUCGAUCUCACUUGAAAAUGAUAUGUCGCCUCAGUCCUUGGACAUUACAGUCCUGGGGUUGAAUAGUGGGACCUCGAUGGAUGGUAUCGACUGUGCCCUAUGUCGGUUCAUUCAAGACACGCCUGAAUCGAGCAUGCAUUUUGAACUAUUGAAGUAUGGCGAAAUUCCCCUUGAACCGAUGAUUAAAAACCGAGUGAUGAAUAUGAUUCUUCACAAUCGGACUUCUCCCUCGGAGCUAUCAGAAGUCAAUGUGAUCUUAGGCGAAACCUUUGCAUCUGCUGUGCACCAAUUCUGCAAAGAUUACCAGGUCGAUAUCAACUCGAUCGAUGUCCUUGGCUCUCAUGGACAGACAAUUUGGCUUCUCUCCAUGCCGGAACCAGGCGAGACACGCAGCGCGCUAACCAUGGCCGAGGGAUGUUUCUUGGCCUCCCGGACGGGCAUCACCGCCGUCACCGACUUCCGCGUCAGUGACCAGGCAGCGGGUCGGCAGGGAGCUCCGCUGAUUGCCUUCUUCGAUGCGCUUGUCUUGCAUCAUCCAACGAAGCUCCGUGCUUGCCAGAAUAUCGGCGGGAUUGCCAAUGUGUGUUUCAUUCCCCCAGAUACGCAUGGGGGCGUGGAUGCAUGUUAUGAUUUCGAUACAGGCCCGGGCAAUGUCUUCAUCGACGCUGUAGUGCGCUACUAUACAAACGGCAAGUCCGAGUAUGAUAAGGACGGCGAAAUGGGCGCCCGGGGUAUCGUGGACCAGGAGCUUGUGGAUGGAUUCUUGCGCCAUCCCUACUUUUCCUUAGAGCCACCCAAGACUACCGGUCGUGAGGUAUUCCGUGAUACUUUGGCCCAUGAACUGAUCAAAAAAGCCGAGGCCAAAGGCUUGAAGCCUGAUGAUGUCGUCGCAACCAUCACUCGGGUAACUGCACAAGCCAUCGUUGACCAUUAUCGCCGCUAUGCACCGAAAGACCUCCACAUCGCGGAGAUAUUCAUGUGUGGUGGUGGUGCUCACAAUCCCAAUAUCACCGCCUUCAUUCAAGAGAAUUACCCUGACACCAAGAUUCUCAUGCUGGAUGCUGCUGGCAUUCCAGGAGAGGCAAAAGAAGCUAUCACUUUUGCCUGGCAAGGAAUGGAGGCGGUUGUCGGUCGGUCAAUUCCUGUUCCGACUCGUGUUGAGACUCGAGAAGAAUAUGUUUUAGGAAAAAUUGCACCUGGGAAGAACUAUCGGAAGAUCUUGCGUCAAGGUAUGCUAUUUGGCGCUGGUCGGGAUCAUCUGCCUCCAGUGAAGGAUCUUGUCAAUCAUGUCAACGGUCGAAUUUUUGACAACAAAUGGUAA